UACAGCGGACGCACAUCUGUAGUGCUUAUUAUCGACUAAUAUGAAUUAAACUACACGUCCCGACGUCAUGGUGCGGGCUCUUAUAAUUGUUGUGAAUAUGUAAUUGCGCUCGUGCGACUGGUUGCUUCUAAAUUUGGCUUGGCAGGGGCGGGCUGCUACAGUCUGUGAGGUGGUCGCUCCGCCGGUGCUGUGAGAGGAUGUGAGCAUUAACGGAGGCUGUAGGAAAUUAACCGAUAAAUGCGUGACGACGGGACGCCGUGGAGAAGCUCAGUCGCGGACAAGCAGGGUCAUGAUGUGCCAGAAGUCGAUUGUUUGUAGGGAAAACCAGAGGAAAUAGAGGACUCGUUGUUAGUUAAUAGGGACAAUAUUCAGCUCCGUGCGCAUAGAAUAACGCGCUGGAGCUUUUUUUUUUUUGGAGAAGACUGAGACAACUCCUGCUUUGGUUAUCACACUGAAUGGACUUUUGAAAUAUUGUCUAAAAGAAUGACGAUCGACCACAGGUCCGAGGAUGUUUCCACUCUUCACGGAACCUGCACAUAGCCCAAGAGCCGGCCACUGACUGACCUUUUACGCACGGGGAAAGAUCCGUGCUCAAUCAUUUUGUUUUCGCGUUUAUGUGGAUGAACUUUGCAAUACAUUUUUAAUGAUUCGAGAUCUGAGCAAGAUGUACCCCCCGGCUCGGCAUCCGGUCCCCCACCAGCCGGGACAGCCGUUAAAGUUCACCGUCACCGAGUCCUGCGACCGGAUCAAGGAGGAGUUCCACUUCCUGCAAGCCCAGUAUCACAGUCUGAAAUUGGAGUGUGAGAAACUGGCCAGUGAGAAAACUGAGAUGCAGAGACACUAUGUCAUGUACUAUGAAAUGUCAUACGGGCUGAACAUCGAGAUGCACAAGCAGGCGGAGAUUGUCAAACGGCUGAACGCAAUCUGCGCCCAAGUCAUCCCCUUCCUCUCUCAAGAGCAUCAGCAGCAGGUGGUGCAGGCAGUGGAGAGGGCCAAGCAGGUCACCAUGGCUGAACUCAACGCCAUCAUAGGACAGCAGCAGCUUCAGGCUCAACAACUCUCCCACGGCCACGCCAUCCCCAUCCCACUCACACCACACCCAGCGGGCCUCCAGCCCCCCCUGCCCCCGGGGGCUGGUACUGCCAGCCUGCUGGCUCUGUCCUCCGCCCUGAGCCACCAGCUGCCGCUCAAAGACGAGAGGAAACACCACGACAACAACAGUGAGCACCCAAGAGACAGAGACUCAGUCAAGAGCUCAUCUGUAUCUCCCUCGGCCAGUUUUCGGGCCGGAGAGAAGCACAGGAGUUCAAGUGAUUAUUCCUCCGACAGCAAGAAACAGAAGACAGAUGAUAAGGAGUCUACACGCUAUGAAAGUGAUGGAGAGAAGAGCGAUGACAACCUGGUAGUGGACGUCUCCAAUGAGGACCCAGUGUCUCCUCGAGGAAGUCCUGCCCACUCACCUCGGGAGAAUGGGUUGGACAAGCGUCGUCUGUUGAAGAAGGAUGCUCCGCUGAGUCCUUCCUCCAUCGCCUCCUCCAGCAGUACACCUUCAUCCAAAUCCAAAGAGAUUAAUUUGAAUGAGAAGUCCACCACGCCCGUGUCCAAGUCCAGCACCCCGACAUCCCGCUCUGAUGCCCCGACACCCAGCAGCACCUCAACCCCGGGCCUCAGGACUGCACCCAGUAAACCCUCAGGAGUCGAGACGCUGGCUCCUGGUCUCCGUACGCCAUUGGCGGUGCCCUGCUCGUACCCCAGUCCAUUUGGGAUGGUUCCCCACCCGGGUAUAAACGGAGAGCUGAGCGGAGCAGGAGCAGCCUACACCGGCCUGCAUAACAUUUCUCCACAGAUGAGCGCAGUGGCUGCUGCUGCGGUGGCAGCUUAUGGACGCACACAAGUGGUGGGAUUUGAUCCUCACCACCACAUACGUGUCCCUGGCCUUCCUCCCAACCUGUCAGGCAUUCCUGGUGGAAAACCAGCCUACUCCUUUCAUGUGAGCGCUGAUGGACAAAUGCAGCCUGUGCCUUUUCCUCCGGAUUCACUGAUCGGUCCUGGCAUUCCCCGCCACGCACGACAGAUCAAUACUCUCAGCCACGGGGAGGUGGUGUGUGCUGUCACCAUCAGUAACCCGACGCGUCAUGUCUACACCGGCGGCAAGGGUUGCGUUAAGGUGUGGGACAUCAGUCACCCGGGCAACAAGACCCCUGUAUCCCAGCUAGACUGCCUUAACAGAGAUAACUACAUCCGCUCCUGUCGGCUACUUCCGGAUGGGCGCACUCUCAUUGUCGGGGGCGAGGCGAGUACUCUGUCAAUCUGGGAUUUGGCUACACCAACUCCACGAAUCAAGGCUGAACUGACUUCAUCAGCACCUGCGUGUUAUGCUCUGGCCAUCAGCCCCGACUCCAAGGUCUGCUUUUCCUGCUGCUCCGACGGAAACAUAGCCGUCUGGGAUCUUCACAAUCAGACUCUGGUUAGACAGUUCCAGGGCCACACUGACGGAGCCAGCUGUAUAGACAUCUCUAAUGAUGGGACCAAGCUGUGGACUGGAGGCCUGGAUAACACCGUGCGAUCCUGGGACCUCAGGGAGGGACGGCAGCUGCAGCAGCACGACUUCACCUCCCAGAUCUUCUCACUGGGAUACUGUCCAACGGGGGAGUGGCUGGCAGUGGGGAUGGAGAACAAUAAUGUGGAGGUCCUGCAUGUCACCAAACCGGACAAGUACCAGCUCCACCUGCAUGAAAGCUGUGUGCUCUCACUCAGAUUUGCUCAUUGUGGGAAGUGGUUUGUGAGCACAGGAAAAGACAAUCUGCUCAACGCAUGGAGAACCCCGUAUGGAGCCAGCAUAUUCCAGUCAAAGGAGUCGUCCUCAGUGCUGAGCUGCGACAUCUCUAUAGAUGAUAAGUACAUUGUGACUGGCUCGGGAGAUAAGAAGGCAACUGUCUACGAGGUGAACUACUAGGAGGUCUGUGGCCAUUCAACGACAAGGCCACCCUUCCACCCAGGCACUCUGCGAUGUCUCCAUCACCCUAUACAAUGUUUAAUGUGUAUAAAAUGGAUUUGAAUGGAACUAACCAAACAGACCGAGUCUUUCUUAGACAGUGACCUUUUGACCUUCUAGCCUGUCGUGGCUCAAAACGAACAAGCAGAACCAAGCACAGAGAUUUAUUAUUUUUUUUACUGAAGUUGAGUGAGUGUGAAUGUCCAUGUAUGUGCACUGAAUCUGCAGGAUGUUGUUUUAGCAUUGGCCAGAUAACAUUCCUUUACACUUUUAGGCCUGUACUUGUUUUUAUAGUUUUUUUUUACUGACAUGAGCGCCAUUGUUCACCUACUCCCUUCUUUGUGAGUACCUGAAGGCUUACAAACAAUCAUACUGAAUCAUUCCUGGCUGAUACCAGAAUAUCUUCUCCUCUGAGAACUUCCAAUUUUGGCAUACUUAACUAAAAAUGGCAACAGAGAGAGAGAGUUACCAGUGGAUUAAUGUUAGUAUCACGGGAAAAAAAGCCACAAGCUUUAGAAGUUUCUCUGCCACUUUUGUUGUCGUCUGCUCAGAGUCAUACUGCUACUACACUGGGAAGGAACACAGCAUACACAGGGUAGCCAUCAUGCACACGUUAACAUGUGGUUGACGUACAUCCACUGCUUUAUUCAACUUCCUGUGGAUGUUGGCAUAAAAUUGAUGGUUUUCUCUAUUUUGAUCGAGCUCAACAGCUUUUAUUAAUGUGAGCUCUAAAGGCAGUAAUGUUUUUCUAUAUUUUGGUUCUGUCCCAUUCUCUGUGUUAAUUCCUCAUACCAAAUUUGCCUUUUUUUAAUGUCGACAUUUCUUUAUGUAAGCAAAAUCAGCCUUUCAUAUUCGAAAACCUUCUUUAGUUUACUUUAGUAUCUCUGUGCUAUUAAGUUUUACAAGACAGUGGACUGGUUACACAUAGGUCCUACUAUAGACUAACCAAUGGGACUAACACAGAGAACCUACAUUAUAAAACUAGUGGCUUUGUCCUUAAAGUAGUAGUUUAAAACACGCUAAUUAGCUUUCUUUCAGAGUUAGACAAGAAGAUUGAUACCACUCUCAUGUCUGGACACCAAAUAUGAAGCUACAGCCAGGAUGGGUUUGCUUAGCUUAGCAUAAAGACUGGAAACAGGAGGAAACGAAAUAUGCCUACUAGCAGCUUGUCAUUUAGUCGUCCCUGAGGUUGGCAAGUAGGCAACCAGUAGUGAUUCCACACAGGCACUGAUCGCAGCCAAGAAGUAGUCUGGCACAUAACUCUCCAUAAAACAACAACUUAUUGUCUUAAUGCUUGGGGUUUUAUACAGAUUAAACAAACAAUAUAUAACAUAUUAAUCAGUGAGCUCUAAAGGGGCUGGUAAGUAGAUUUAUUUUACCUCUGGAAAAGCCAGGCUGGCUAUUUCCCUUUUAUUUUCAGAUUUUAUGCGAAGCUAAGAUAACCAGCUGCUGGCUGUAUAUUAACCGCUCAGACAUGAAAGUUGUAUAUGCUCAUCUUACUUUCAACAAGAAAGCAAAUAAUCAUCUUUCCCAAAAUGGCUUUGAUCAUUGAUUCAUAUGAUUGCAGCUUGUGUUUCUUGUCUACCUGCUGUAUGUGUUAAUUAAAUAUUUGUAUUUAUUUUCUCUCUUAAAUCUCAUAAUUCUGAGUGAGGUGUGAGCUCAGUCUUUGUGUGUGUGUGUGUGUGUGUGUGUGUGUGUGUGUGUGUGUGUGUGUGUGUGUGUUUUGACCCUGUGGGCGUUGAACAAACAAACAAACUAACAAGGUUGCCCUCACUGUAGUCUGACCUUUGCACUUGGUUCUGCUCCCUCAGUUCAGACUCCUCUGGAUGCUCACUGGAUUCUGUCUGACAGAUUUCGGUAAAAAACUGUUUGUCUGGUGUUUGGAGGUCAACCAGCCCUCCAUUUCCUGCCUGGAUUUUUAUUUGUUUGGAACAUUGGCCACUUCUCUGAAAAUAAGUGGCGAUAUGCUCGUGAUUUCUCUUGGAUUUACUUCUGUUGGCUUGUAGAAAUAACACAGUGCCUUUAUGCUGCUACGCUUCUGACUCCAUUUUGUCCUGCUGAGUGUUCAACUACACAGAAGAGAGAACAUCAUGGACUCUUCUGUUGGAGUGCUUUUUAAAAAUUUACAGUUUUUGAGUGUAUAUCUCGCGACAUUUAAGGAUGGAUUUUAGUAAAAAAAAAAGAUCAGCAAAGUAACACAAACAGCAACCCAGAUUUCCCCCUCUGGUUGGUAUCAGUUGUCUGUGGUCCACUUGGAAGUAAUCAGGACAAUACGUCUCUCUAAUUCUGCCUUUUUUGCUGAACACAUGUUCAUGUUCUGAUUGUUUGAAGCAUGGUGCCAUUGACCAGAUGCUUUUGAAGUUUCUCCACUUUACUUUUCUUUCCGCUUCAAAGCUUUGUUCUUGUUGCUCAUCGACAGGAAGACACCCUAAACACACAGCGCAUCAGUAGUUACUGGCAGAGAGGUCAGUCUCUGCUAUAUUCAACAAAAACAACCUUUCCUAAUCUCAACCAUUUCCGCCUUUACAACUACACUUAAUUAUCUGGAGGCUCCUUCUUUAAACAUAAUAAUUAAAAUGUUGUACUUAAACCCAACCUCCUGGUUUAGCAACUACCUAGAACCCUUGUGAGAUCCAUCAUUUUACAUCACCGAAAGGAUAUUUUGAGACCAGCUGAGUGAUUUAGAAAUGUACAAACAGAGGUUUGAACAGAGGGUUGAUUAUUGGAGGAACUGAUUAUUGUAUAAAACUCACCUGUUUUGUUACUUUUAAUCCCAGAAGUUGCAUAUUAUAGCUUUAAUUUCCAUUUCUUGACCCUGAGUGCAGAACGACAUUCUCAACCCGCAACUCAAGAAGGAAGCAGUGAACAGAGAGGUUUCCAUUUUUUUUUUUUGGUUUUCUACUGUUUAUGGGAUUAAAAUAAUAAGAAAGCUCAUCUCAUAUGUGCAUGUUAUUGUCAUGUUAUUAUCACUGAUGUGAUGUAGCCUAAAACCAAUUUCUCUGGCUCAAUAAGGGCAAUGACUGCUUUAUAAAAGAUGGGCAAACAUGACCGGAUUCAAAUGUGGUUCAUGGUUUACUUUUCAAACAGACAGAGAGAGCAGUGCUCAUGCUCAGUAUUAAUCUGCCUGAGACCUACCUAUACCUGUCUUAUUUUACUAUGAGGUUUUAAUAUUUAAAUAUAAAUAUUAAAAUCUGAGAAAGAUCAGUUUGUGUCAGCCUGGGACACUCCCAUGCACAUCUGAACUCAUCUCCAACUCUCUAAAUGUUUCAGUUAAAUGCCAAGGAAAAGCAAAUUUGAAGAUGGUCAGGUGGUUUUCCUUAUAAUAUUAAUUGUUUUUUGUGACACAGACAUAUCUGUAUUCCCACUGGUGUGAAUUUAAAUGGAGAUUUUGUAGUGAAGCCACCUUGAAUAGGAACGAAAGAAAUGUCAUUGUUACGGCUGGUAUUUUUGUAAUUUCUUUGACAGGCACACACUGACACUGUAUAUCCUGAAGGACUGGCCAUGAUAUUGGUUUGGGUUUCACUGUGUUUGCCUUAUUCUGUGCUUUCUUUCUGAAUCUGAAACAUUUCUGUGAUUGCUGCAGUCAGCUAUGCUUUCAAAUUAAAAUGACAAUUCACUCACCUUGCUGUCAUCGACCCCACAGCUGCAUUUUCUGCUUUUGAAUGACUCAUAAAAUCUGUACCUUCUGUACUAAACAGCUACUGUGCAACUUUCAUCCCCAUAAAUAAUGGAAAAUAUAACAUACACUUUGGUUACACCUGUGCUAAUGUCAAGAGUCAAACCUCAAUGUUACUCAUCUCAUCUGAGUGCUACAAGUUAACAUGACCUGAUACGGAAAUGGUGUUAUGUACAAUGAUGAUGUGUAGAGCAUUUAGCUUGACUGAACUCAUGAAGGUAAUAUACAUAUACUGUAAACAUGUAAUAACUCAAGCUUACAGUGGAAAGAAACUUCCUGUUGCUAGUUGAGCUUUUUUUGCCCUCUUCAAUACAAAAUGCCUUUGCUCUCUUUUUUCUAGUCUGUGGUUGAUUUUAUUAAAUUAUUGUGUGGAGUA